GGAAAACGCGUGAUCGAAGCUGUCGUGAAACAACAUCGCCGCGUUUGCUCGAUCAAUCAACCCCUGUUUCACCGCCAAGAGGGUUGAAACGGCGACGCGCUGGAUGUUUCGGAUCUUGCAGCAUCCACGGGGAAUUUCGUCGAAAUCGAGAGACGCUAGCCAGACGUAGAUACGAGCGACGAAGAGUCUCGUUGGCGAACCAUGAGCUGCAACGUGAUGCCCCUGAAGAGGUACGCGGAAAUUAGUUACCGCGUGAAAUGCGUGGCUGUGGAGAACGAACGCGUGUUCGGCGACGUGUACGUUACCCGGCAGACACGAGAUUUGCUGUACUCCGCGGAUGGAUAUCAGUUUCCCUCGUUGUACGACAGAAGGAAAUCCAAUCUGAUACAGAGAACCUGGGAAGGUCCGGAUUUCAUGGAACUGAAUCGGAAAAAGCCGAUCAGGAGGGCCAGUUUCGUGCCGGCCAAAGCCGAGAGGAAACGUUUGAAGAGGUCGAAAUCGUUGAACGACGCGAAAAACUCGCUCGAGAACGAAUGCAGCGGCAACCAUAUCGCUAGACGCGAAAUAGACGAGUGGAAACCCAAGACGUAUCCUUCACCGUUGCCCAACCCACCGGCAAAGGACGAAGGGGCCGUUUCCUCGCUAGUCGACCAAUUGUUGCUGGAUAUUUACGGGUUGCCAGAUGGCGAUAGAAGACGAUCGGAAAGCGACUCGACAGCCUCAUCCCUGAGGAUGCAUCCGCAGCAUCAGCACCUGCAGAAGGCGCGUCUGUUGUGGAAAAGUAAACACGAGCUGCAUAUUUUAGUGCUGACCCUGCGCGACCAUAUUAAUCACACCGGCGAGAUACUAAUUCGACAGCUGCGUCGCAAAGAUUAUCUGUCCACCAAAUGCGAGAAACUGUGCGCCAUCGUUUCGGCCCACCUUCAAGCUCUCAGUCCGAAACGCGUGGAAGACACGAAGAUGAGAUUUAGCCUGACACCGCAGCCAGGAGAAAGUGGUUUCAUACAAUGGCUGGACGCGAUGAAAAUGGUGGCCAGGUUAUCGGGAGGAAUUCCGCCGGAAUUUCGAAAGAAGCUAUGGCUGACGCUGGCGGAACGUCAUCUGGAGCAGCGCGGUGUGGAUUGGAAGCAGGCUGAGAAGAUCUGCUUCAACGAGUGGAGUAAUCCUGACGAUGAAGAGCUCGGUAUACAAAUCGUUAAAGACCUACACAGAACGGGCUGCAGUCUGUUCUGCGGUGCAGCUGGCAGAGACAAUCAAGCGGUGCUUCGUCGCGUUCUACUGGGAUUCGCCCGAUGGAACAAGUCCGUGGGCUAUUGCCAGGGCCUGAACGUGUUGGCCGCCCUGGUCCUGCAGGUUAUGGAUCGCGCCGAGUCGGCCGCUGUGAAGGUGAUGAUCUACCUGAUAGAGGGUGUCCUGCCGGAGGGCUACUUCGCGGACAAUCUACGCGGCCUGUCCGUCGACAUGGCGGUGUUUCGAGAUCUCUUGCGGGCCAGGCUGCCCAAGCUCUCGAGACACCUGGAGGCGCUGCAGAACGACGCGAAGGACAAGGCGACAGGCAGCAGUUACGAGCCACCUCUGACGAACGUGUUCACCAUGCAAUGGUUCCUUACUCUCUUCUGUCAUUGCCUGCCCCAGGAGGCGGUGCUGCGCGUCUGGGACCUGAUAUUCCUCGAGGGCGACGAGAUAUUGCUGAGAACCGCGCUGGCCAUCUGGGAAGGACUUUCCGACCGUAUCAUGACGGUAACAUCGGCCGACGAGUUUUACAGCAUAAUGGGAGUGCUGACGAGGGAGAUGCUCGAGUUCACGGAUACUAAUAACCUCGUGAAGAAUAUCGUGAGUAUGGGCUCCUUGCACGGCGUGACGGGACUGAGAGAGAAGCACAGAUACAAUAUCACGCCAUGGGCGAGGAAGCUGAGCGACGACGACGACAGCGACACGGAGGAGGACGAGAGGCUGGCCGUGGCCGCGGCGAUGUUCAGCAUGGCGCAACGACUGAAGAAAGAUCGUAUACCUCAAACGAUCGGGGCUCUGCAGGCUAUGGCACCCAGCAGCGACCGUGAACGCCUCGCUUUGGACAUUAGCACGUUGAAACAGCAGUACGCCAAGCUACGGGAACGUCAACGACAGGCUCAUAUCAUACUUUCCGCUGCAUGUGCAAGGCAGACCAUGGUACCACCUCCUACUUCUCAGGCCAUGAAUCAUCUUUUAGUGGGCAAAAGUGCGCUCGUGAGUGGGAAGAAUCGACCCUUGAGUCUACCUUCUGGUGCUGCGCCGACCAAGACAAGACCCACGACUCUAAAUCAAAACCGAAGGGACAGACAAGGUGUCACGCUUCACUGGAAAGACACGAAAAAGCCCAAGCAGAAACCCUCGAAUUCGUCAGAAGCGGUAGCGAGCAACGCUGUGUUAGUGCAAUCCGUGGAAGCUGACUUGGCGUCUCCGAAACGCAGCAACGGUGACAGCGACAGCGACAGCACGUCGACGGAAUUGUGCGACGAACCGGACCGUCUGAGUGACGUUGACAGCGAGGACCUUACGUCGGCAUCCGAGUCCUUCGUGGUCGCAGCCGACGACGAGAAGAGCUCUCGGCUGAACGGUUCGCCGCUGCCCGAGAACACGCUCGACCGUUCGUUCCAAGAGGAGAAAACCGAGCCGUUGAACGUCGACGGCUCGAGGGACCGGAAGGCGUCCGAGGAAAACCUGGGCGACAUGUCGAUCGCGAAGAUCACCGAUCAGAUACGACGACUGUCGGCGGAGGAUGACAAUAAUUCGAUGGUUCCUCAAAAGUUUAGCGCGCAGAUCAAAGAGUCGCCGGAUCAGUCGACGAAAGAGACGAGGAAGGAGAAAUCGACACCUGACAUGUCCGUGGACUACACUCCCGACAGCGAUAUCGCGAAGAAACCUCUGGACCUGAACGAUUAUCUGGGUUUCCCUGGCAGCAGGAUCGGUCCCAAGGACGAGGAGGUAUUGGUUCACGAGAAACAUCGAUCCAAACGGACACCUGACGAGAUCGUCGACGUGCCUCGAGACGAAGUUGCGAUUGUCGAGAAAGACCAACCCGAGGACACGGCAGCUGCUGCCAUCACCAGACAGGACUCUUCGAAUGUGUUCUCCGAUUUUUCCACGUCGUUGGACAAGAAGUACGAUACUGUCGCUGACAAGGCGAUCUCGGAUUUAGGAAUGGAGAACGAAAUCAAGUCGGAUCGCUUCAAGACGUUCGACUUCUCGAGCAGAGUGUCCCUGGAGCUGAAACCGUACGAGACGUCGAAAGCGAGCAGUUUGAUCAACGAGACUUUGGACACAGUGAACACCGAGAGAUCGCUUUACUGCAAGACCUACGUCGGCCAUCUACCCAUUUCUCCGAUGACGGUCGAUCAGAAGCUGGGCAAGGUAACGCUGAACGUGCACGGGCCACCUGGGUUGACUCCCGACAGCGUCAAGAGCCCGGAAACGACGUUAGAUAGGACACCUUACAGCGAUAGGAUACAGUCGUCGCAGACGAAGGUCUACGCGGACCUAGCCAAGAGUCCAAAGACGCCCGAGAGCAGCAAAUCGUACAGCUCCGGCGAAACCAUGGGACCCGACUCGAAACCCUCUAGUCUGACCGUCAGCCCGAGGACACCUGUCAGGUCGGAUUCCCGAGAUUUCUCCAUGGACAAGUCUAUCAGUUCGUCGGUGAGUUCCGAUUCGAAGACGUUGGUGCUUCGUUCCAUAGACUCCGACGUGACGAGGGACAGCGCGAGGACGGACACGAAGAAAACGUACGAACUGUCCAGUUCAACGACGCCCAUCAGCACGGACUCGUUGAAGAACAAGUCGGAGGUGAGUCCGAAGCUGGCGGUGAGCAGUUCCAGCGAAUCGUGCAGUCCGAGUAAAUUAAAGUCUUCCGAGAGGUCGUUCAGUUCGGACCUGCAAUCGCCAAUAAGUGCCAACUCGAUAAAGUAUACCUCGAAUUUCAAUAGACGGGGGCAGGACGACGUGUCAGGCUCGCCGAUCGACUUGAGCAGCGCUACCUCGCCGUUUUAUCCCAUCUCUAAUCCUAAUCAAAAGACUCCGACGUCGCCGUACAGCGCGUCCAGGCGGAGGUCCAGCUUCGACAGCAGCGAAACGUCGCCCGAACAGAAGUCGAGCAGCUCGAGGGAGUCGAACAAGUUCCUAGGCUAUCAGUCCAAGUUCGAUUCUUCGUCCAAGACCACGGACGCGAAGAACGCGGACAGCGUGACGCGAAAGAGCGAAAGUUUCGUCAGGUCGGAAUUUAGUCUGAAGAAGGAAGAUUCCGGCGUGAACCUGACUGAUAGGAGGAACGAUAGCGUGGACGUUAAGUAUUACGAGACAACGACCAGCGAUUAUUAUCGCAAAGACAAGGACGCCUUCGACGACGGAGCGGACGAUCCUCUGUCGGAGAAAGACGUGGUGCCUUGUUUGCCUCAGGAGAAGCUGGAUAAACGUUAUCUAAAUUAUCGAUACAGGGACCGGUCGAAGCUGUUGGAGAGAAGUUCCAGCAGCCUGGACAGCAGAAGGUACGCCGACCUGAAGUCGUCGACUUCCACCGACGAGUUCGCCACCUCGAUCGCGAAGAAGAGAUCGAGCGACAUCCUGGAGGACAUCAAGCACCUGGAGGCGAAGGCGAACGACGGUUCGUCGGACAGCGGAAUGCUGACGAAGAAGAGCAGUUACAUGUGGGAGGACAUGAAGAGCCUGGAGGCCAGGAGGCAGGACACUUUCAGCGACUCUGCGCGCAAUUUCUGUAGGUGUCGAUUGGAGACACCAGACAUAAAUGUAACCGGGGAGGGGAGAAUGUUGUACGUGGUACAGCCAAAGAUCAACAUCGACGAGAAGAGCGACAGUAUACUGAAGACGAUGACCUGUGGGAAGAGCGACGAUUCGGACGACGGCAGGGAAUCGAAGCUGGGCGUGUGGACGAAGGUGAAACCUCGGAAGGACGACAAUGGGCGGAGGAACAGCGAUAGGGCGUUGAAGAUCAUUCAAGAGAAUUCCGCCAUACUGCAAAAGAUUCUCGCCUGCCAGGCGAAGAAGCGUCUGCCCGAUUUGGAGGAGAUAUCGAAGGAAAUCACCAUUAGCCCCAUUAACGAGGAGAUCUCGAAGAUCUUUAGCCCGAUACUGGAGAAGAUGGGGCUAAACGAGCACGAGAUCAACGAAGAAUUGGCGAGGAUCAAUUUCAAGGAUUUCGACAGCAUGACCGCCACCAGCGUGUCCGAGUUCGACGCGAAAAUCAACGAGGAACUGUCGAAACUUUCCCUGAUCGACGAGACGGAACAGAUGGAUCAGUUCGACGUGGACGACGUGAUAUCUCACGAGUACAUGGACACCAGGGAAGCUCUGAUAGAUCGCAAGAUAAACGAGGAGUUGUCAAAACUGCUGGCAAACUAUGACGAGCAUUCGCCGGUGAGCAUGGUGACGCUGGAUAAAGGACCGUCUAGCCAGAACAUCAGCGAAAUCGAGGGACUGGAACCAUCCAGCAUCUCCACCAACGUAUUCUCUUACAAAUCGUCGAGCGACUCCAUCGACGCGAGAAGCGACUUGGGCUCCACGCAGGAACCAUCCAUUCCGGUCGACAAGUUUCCCAAGUACACGGAAAACGUGUUACCGUACAGCGUGGCCAAGUAUCAAGUCGACGACUCGUCGCCCAAGAGCGACAUAGACAUCUACAGAGAGUUGGAGAAGCUCGAUAAAAUCUCCUCGGCGCAGGUGCUGCCGGACCCGACCCUGGAGCUUCCUCAGAAGGAACUCACCUCGAUUCCCUACGUUCCCGACACGUCGCCGUUCAAGGACGUUUCGCCUCUCAGGUACACGUCCAAGCCGGUCCAAUACGACGCGUCGCCGCUCAAAAGCUCCUACGAGCCCUACAAGUCGUUCGACUUCAAGCCCAAGCUGUCUCCCAAGCACGUCUCUACCAAUCCGUUCGCGACCACGCCGUACGACAAGUCCAUCGUGGACUCCAGUUUCGAGUACAUCAACCACAAACCGGAUAUCUCGAUCAACGCCUACGAUUUACCCAUCAAGAGCCCGAUGAUGACGAAGGAGUCGCUGGAGUUCCGCGUGAGGUACGACGAAGACUCGGCCAGAGAUGUCGGAACCGACUACAUGUCCCUCCCAUCCGAAACUAGAACGCUCGCUACCCCGAGCAAGUCUCCCUAUUACAGCAACGGGAGCACCGAGUCGUUGACGCCCACCAAGUACAUCCCGAAGGAGGAGAGAUGUCUGGACACUGCUGGUACCUCUUUCUUCGACUAUUCCGCCGAUUCUUCCGAUAUCCUCCGUCGCAAGUACGAUCCCCUGUCGCCCAAGGAAUACUCCCACGCGACGAGCACGUACGACCUGCAGAUAAGCACGUUGCCGCCUAUAGAACCUGGUACCGACACGGGAUCGUAUUUACCGACGAGGCACCGGGAUUACCACCCUCUGUCGCCGAACCGCCAGUUCCCCGAUCAACGUUUCCCCUCCACCAUCAAUCACUACGCCACGAAACUUUCUUCAGGUCUGCCCGACGAGUCCAAACGACCCGUAUCCCACCCGGAAUUCCCCGGCAAGAUAAACGUCGGCAAAUAUCCGGAACUGCCCGACAGAGGUUCCAGCAGUUACAAGAAAUCCUCGCUGAGCCUGGGCAACAUCGGUCACUCGAGCAAAGGCGGCGAGGACGGGUACAACACCGUGACCAGCCCGAAGACUCAGUUCAGUCCUUUCCCUGUGAGGAACGCUGUCAGGAAGCCGAAAGAGCUCACUCUGAAGCUCGGCCUGUACUCGCCGAAGGACUCGGACUUGGGACAAUUGAAGAGGUCGUAGUGUAGGACGACGUGGAUCCUGCUUCUGGUUUUCCAGCGUUCGUUCGUCUGGUCGAAUGGCAGUUUUUGACAGCGCGUAGGGGAACGCCCCAAUGGAUCGUAUUAGUUUAGUCGCAGGUGGCUGUGCAUGAAAGGUGACCUCCAUGACAGUGACCUCGUUGUUACCAAAGCGGGCCUAAAUCAUUCGUUUCUCGGUUGCGGUGCCUGACGUCGAUGACAGCGAUCGGUAACUCGUUGUACAGAUCUCUGCACGGAUCUCGAGAGGAAUAGGGAAAUGUCGGUUUCUAUAUCCAGGUCCGAUAUCGUAUCGUUUGUUAACGCGGGAGCACGAGUCGACGAACAGAGGAGAGACUCUGAGACAGUUACGCGAGAAUGUCGCUGAAUAGGACGAACUCUGGACACGACUCUCACGAUCUAUCGCGUAAUUCCUCCCCCUUUAGCGUUAAUCAUUCACUCGUUUUUCCCCCAAUGUUUAUAGUCUACGAGCGUUUUUUACGAGCUAUGCUUCAUACAGCUUGACACAAAGGUCUCUCCUAGGUAGAAAGGGAUAGAGCGAAGGAGAGGGA